CACAGAAAAGUUUGUCCCAAAAAAAAGUAUUUUUGAGUAUAAAUAUUUUAUUUACUUUUCAUUUUUAAACACCACGAUAUAGUCAAUUAUCAGUUAUUUAUUUAAUUUAUUUCGGUCUAAACGUAAGCGAUCUUUCACCACAAAUAGUUGUUUUUAUUUUCUCCAUAAAUCGUUUGUUUCAUCAGUGUGUGUGAGUGCGUGUGUGGUUUUUUGUAGUGCUUUCGUUGACAAAAACAACAAAAUUUACAAGAAAGAAAAAAAUAUUUAGUUCUGGAAUAAUAAUAUAUAAUUUCGCAUGAACUGUUGUAGUUAUCGUACGUACGUAUCUUGUAUCUGAAAAAUCACACUGCAUUGCACCUCUUUACCUCACCACCCCACCCCCUGGGCUCAUCGCUGGCUACAACACAAAGAUAUUUGACUCAACAACAACACACUCUACAACCAACCAGCUUUAUGUUGUAUUGUUGUUGUUAUUUUUUCAAGCUCCAUUCAUUUUUGUUUUGUUAAUUGACACAAUUGAAGUGUCAGAGUACGCGAACGAAGGGAAAAAAUAUACAACACAUACAAAAACAAAAAGCGAUAUUAUUAACAAAUAAUAAAAAAAAACAAACAAUAGUAGCGUUUUUGUUGUAGAAAGGAAAAAGCUAAAAACCAAUUCAGAAAAAAGAGACUCAAGUACAACGAAUAAAACGAAGAAAAAAUUAAUUUUAAAACAUUUAAUAGACAACACGUCACGUGAGCAUUACGUGAGCAAAGAGACACAAACGAAGAAAGGAAAAAAACAUAUUUGCGGAUAAAAACAAAAUUAAUAAAAACAAGAACUCUUUUUAUUAUUUUUUAAUUUUUAUUAAAGAAAGUCAAGCGCAAUCCGUAAGUCCAAACAGCUGUUGGCUUUUUGGUCGAUGACAAGCAAUUAGACAGUCAAAUAGUCAAUUACAUAUACGGAAACACAGCAAAAUAGAAAUCAACAUGAACAACUUGUCGGACGCCCCCGUACCAGAUCCUGGCUCUGUUGCUGAUAAAAAAGAAGCCAAAGUGUCAAGUGCUUUAAAGAAAACCAGCCGCUAUCGUAGUCGUUCAUUGUCUGCUUCAUCCACCGACUCAUUUUCAUCUGCCUCGUACACGGGCAGCAGUUCGGAUGACGGUGAUGAUGUACCACCACGAGAAAAAGUCCAAAAGAAUUCCAAAGGUUGUUCUGAUUUUUGUGUACGUAACAUUAAUCAAAAUGCCUUUGGCCGCCGUGAGAUCGAAAUUGCCGAACAGGAAAUGCCCGGCAUUAUGGCAUUGAGAAAACGUGCCGCUGACGACAAGCCCUUAAAGGAUGCCAAAAUUGUUGGUUGCACUCAUAUUAAUGCCCAGACGGCGGUUCUGAUUGAGACAUUGAUUGAUUUGGGGGCAUCGGUUCGCUGGGCUGCUUGCAAUAUCUAUUCAACACAGAACGAAGUUGCUGCCGCCUUGGCCGAAGCUAACAUUCCAAUUUUCGCUUGGCGCGGCGAGACCGAAGAAGAUUUUUGGUGGUGCAUCGAUCGUUGUGUGAAUGCCGAAAACUGGCAGCCCAACAUGAUACUGGACGAUGGUGGCGAUGCCACACACCUGAUGUUGAAAAAAUACCCAACCAUGUUCAAGCUGGUCAAGGGCAUUGUGGAGGAGAGUGUAACCGGUGUCCAUCGUCUCUAUCAGCUGUCCAAGGCUGGCAAACUGACCGUACCGGCCAUGAAUGUCAACGAUUCGGUGACAAAAACGAAAUUCGAUAAUCUGUAUAGUUGCAAAGAGUCCAUAUUGGACAGUUUGAAACGUUCGACCGAUGUUAUGUUUGGCGGCAAACAGGUGGUUGUCUGUGGCUAUGGCGAUGUGGGCAAGGGCUGUGCCCAGGCUUUAAAGGGUCAGGGUUGUAUUGUGUAUAUAACUGAAAUUGAUCCGAUAUGUGCAUUGCAGGCCAGUAUGGAUGGCUUCCGUGUAGUUAAACUAAACGAAGUUAUACGCAAUGUUGACAUUGUGGUGACCGCCACAGGCAACAAGAAUGUGGUGGUGCGCGAGCACAUGGAUAAAGUGAAGAAUGGUUGUAUUAUUUGCAAUAUGGGCCAUUCGAAUACGGAAAUCGAUGUGAAUAGUUUGCGUACACCCGACUUGACUUGGGAGAAGGUACGUUCUCAAGUCGAUCAUAUAAUAUGGCCCGAGGGUAAAUAUAUUAUUUUGUUGGCCGAGGGACGUUUGGUCAAUCUAUCUUGUUCCAGUAUACCAUCAUUUGCUGUGUCAAUUACAUCUGCCACCCAAGCUUUGGCUUUAAUUGAGCUGUUCAAUGCACCACCCGGCAGAUACAAGUCCGAUGUUUAUUUGUUGCCCAAGAAAAUGGAUGAAUAUGUGGCCAGUUUACAUUUGCCAACAUUCGAUGCUCAUCUAACCGAGUUAAGCGAUGAGCAGGCUAAAUAUAUGGGUCUUAAUAAGGCGGGUCCCUUUAAACCCAACUAUUAUCGUUAUUAAAUUGCCUUUCAUGUGGGGCCAGUAUAAAAAGUGUAGUGUAAUAUGAAAGAACGAUACAAUAAAAAGGUAAAGCACCUGCGCACAGGCUUAAAUGGGCACUUAAAAAUAAUUAAAAAGAAAAACAAACAAAAUACCGAUAAAAACAAACUAUUUACCACUGCAGACGACACUAGACAAUGAAAAUAUAUAAAAAAAACAAACUUCUACUACUGAUAAAAUCAUGAACAUGUAAGAAUUUAAUAAUAUUGUAUUAUUUCAUUAAAAAAAAUCAAACAAACAAACAUACAGACAAUGCAAAAUGAAAAUGUUAUUAGGUCUAAAAUUUGAUAUAUAAAAAAAGAAUGAAACAAAUUAAUUAAUAAUAUGGCUUCAAAAAUUUAAAAAAAAAAAAAAGAAAAACCAACUAAAGGAGAGAUUUUAAAAUUGAUGGAAACAAUUUGACUUAAAUUGCAAUUUUUUAUAGAAUAUUUUGUAAAAGUUUUUAUUUUAUAACCAGCUAGAAAUUUGCAAAUUUAGUACGUAUCUCUAUGUACUUUGAAAGUACUUGUUGCUUUACCAAAAAAUAUAGUGCUUUGACAACGGUUGCAAAUUUUACAUACAGUAGUAGUAAACAAAUACUUUUAGAAAAGUAGUAAAUUUCCACAAAAUUCUUUUAAUUUUUGUUUCAAAUCUCUCCCAAAAUAUCUUAAUUAGGAUUUAACACAAACAAAUUAUAUAAUUAUACAACAAUAAUUCAUAAAGGAUUUUUUAGUUAUGUAUAAUCAAAAUGCUGAAAUAUGAAAAACAUAUAUUUCUUUAGUUGUUGUACUUAAUACUUACUAUCAAGAAUAACAUCAUACAUUUUUAUGCCGCUUAAAGAAUUUAUUUUACUUAAUUAUUAUCUACUUACCGCCAAGGUAUUUUAUUUUUGCACUAUUUAGUUUAAUACAAAACAGAAUUAAUUAUUCAUAUACAUAUAUAUUUUUUUUAUAUAUAUUUAUACAUAUUUUGAGCUAAUAUUUUAUAUAAAUUACCUUAUUUUUUUCAUGUGUUUUUUUUUAAAUAUAAGUUUUGCGCAUUUAUCAAUUAAACUUUGUAAUCCUUACAAAAUGCUUUUAAAUCCCCCAAUUCCGUUUUGUUUAUAAUUUUGUUUUGGUUUUUUUGUCAAUAAUUAAAUUAACAUACAUCUAUCUAUUCCAUUUUAUUUAAAACCAAUUUCCAACAGUAAUUUAUCAAUAUUUUCUUUUUAUAAUUUUCAUUUAAAUACCAAUAGUAAAAACACUUACAACAUGUACUUAAUUAUUUAAAGCUUAUAAAAUGAUUGUAUUGUAUUUUGUAAUAUUUUUUUUUUUUAUAUGUAUUUAUUACAUAUUUAAAUGUUUAUUUAUAUAAUAAAAAGAAGUUGAGGAAACCAAUAAAUUUAUUCUUGUAUAUUAAGCUAAAACAAUAUAACAAAUUUUACCGAAUUAUAAUGAACACAGGAACUAAAUGAAAUGAAACAACAAAAAUAACUACAACAAACAGUAUAUACCUAAUUUAUGUAUAAAAAAAAACAAACAAACAGCAACAACAAAGUAAAUUUACCAAUAAAAAUAAAACAAACAAAUUGUUUAUAAAAUUUAAUAAUCAAAGAA